AUGUACGACCAUAUUUUAUAUUUUUCCUUAUUAUUAAUUAUAGGUAUUUCAACAACCUUGGCUGUUACUACGAAUGAGUCAAAGGUUUUGGAAUUUUCCAAUCAUGGUAAUAAGCACGUAGUGCUUACCCAGAUACAUAUGGAUUUAGCUCACUUUGAAAAUCACACAAUUCCAACAAAUAUAGAUAGUUGUGAGAGUCCACGUAAUAUUUCAUGGCUAGAUACAUCAGAUCUCGAAGUUUACUGUAGAAAAAAAAAAAUAAGCAGCAACUCAAUUUCUCUCUCAAAUAAGCCUGCUAAUAUAUCUAAAUGUGAAUCUUUACACCUCAAAAUGGAAAAAAAGGUGUGUAAGCACCGAAAUAUUGUCAAUGAAGUAUAUCAACUUGGUUAUGAUUUCUGGAGAUCUACCUAUUGGGGUGGUUGUAACACUGAAUAUGGAAGUAGUGGUGGUUUAUACUAUAAGUACUAUCAUGUUGAAGGGGAUUGUAGCCAUCCCAUUGACCAGAAAACAGUAAUUGGUGCUAUUCAAUAUACUAUCAAGGAAUUAGAUGAUGGUAAGAUUCGUAAGACAUAUUUUAUUCUUAUAAAACAUCAUGGUACUUGGAUUGGGACAAUGGUUAUAGGUUCUUCAAUUCAAGCGUGGUAUAGUAACAUCGGAUCGAGUGAAUAUAAGGGAUGUUGGGAUAAUGGAUACAAUGAACUGCAUUCUCCUUUCAGUUGUGAAUCUAAGAAGGAUGGCUCAUCAUUGUGA